AUGGUCCACUACGCCAGCUGCACCACGGUGCUCCAGUCCCUCUCGAACGGCUACACUCUCGAGACGCAGAUCCAGGACCCGCCACCAACAUCGUCAGCGCCGGAUCAGCACGGGCCACGGGGCAUCGCUCUACUCGCCCAUCCCCUCGGUCGCCUCGGCGGCAGCCUGCACGACCCGGUGAUCCGGACGCUCUCGCACCGCUUGGUCACGCUAGGCUACCGCGCCGUCGCAUUCAACUCGCGCGGCGUCGGGCAGAGCUCCGGCUCGCCCUCCUGGACUGGCGCGGGGGAGUGCGAAGACAUCCAGCUGCUCCUUCGCCACUGCCUCGAGACAUGGAUGUCGGACUGCGAGCGGAGAGCAGAGAGGGAGGUGGACGUCGUCGUCGUCGGGUACUCGGCGGGCGGGCUGUACGCUUCGAAGCUCGACCUCGACCAGGCGCUCCGGGGCUACGAGCGCAGGUGCGAGGUGCGGCUUCGUCUCGUCCUCGUCUCCUACCCGCUCGACGUCGUGUGGGCCCUCUCCAUCUUCCGCACCGCAAGCUACACCGCUGGCCUCGAGAAGCUCCUGAUUCUCGAUCCCGCGACCGCGUCCGAGUCCUCGGAGUCGACAGCAACAGAGACAGUUGCGCCGCAUCCAGCCUCGCUCCUCGCUUUGUAUGGCGAUCAGGAUCAGUUCACAAAGGUCAGCAGCUACGACGCCUGGGUCGAGAGGCUCAAGUGCCUUGCCCAGGGCCAGGAACGGGUCACGGCCGUCAAGUUCCAGGGUGCCGAUCACUUCUGGCGGAGCAAAGAGCUGCUCGAUCAGCUGGCGGACACCGUCGAGCGGUGGCUCCAGACCGCGUCAUGA